AUGCCAGACCCUACGACAUACACUUCCAAGCUCGCCUCAACAGCCGUCCUUGUCAUUGGCGGCUCCUCCGGUCUCGGCUUUGGCGUGGCCUGCGCGCUGCUCGAGCAUGGCGCCUCACAUGUCAUCAUCUCUUCCUCGCAGCAGUCUCGUGUCGAUGACGCCAUCCGCCGGCUAGAGAAGACGUACCCAGAUGCGGUCGGUCGUGGAGCGAAGCUUGUCGGCGUGGCGUGCAAUCUCGGAGAACCAGACAAAUUGGAGGGGGAAGUGAGGCAGCUGUUUACUGGGGUCGAGAAGCUCCUGAGCGGGCGCAAGCUGAAUCAUGUGGUUUUCACGGCUGGAGACGGCCUGGCGAUGAAGGAGAUUGAGGAGUGGGAUAUGCCGUUUGUGCAGAAGGCUGGCAGUGUUAGGUUCUUCGCACCGCUGAUGGUGGCGAAAUACGCCAGGAAGGCGUUAGUCUGGGAUUCGAGAAGCAGUAUUACCUUGACAACGGGGAGCGUGAGCGACAAACCAAUUCCAGGCUGGACGGUGGUUGCUUCUUAUGCGGCGGGGUUGCACGGAAUGGUCAGAAAUCUGGCGCUCGAUUUGAAGCCUGUCAGGGUCAACCUUGUCAGCCCUGGUCCGGUUGAGACCGAGAUGUGGGAUGCACACGGGCAGGAGAAGAAACAAGAAAUGCUCGAAAGUAUGGCCGCGAAGACUACGACUGGGAAGGUUGGCAGUGUGGAAGAUGUAGUCGAGGCGUAUCUGGCGGCGAUGAAGGAUCGCAACAUGAGUGGAAGCGUUGUCAAUUCAGACAGUGGUCACCUUCUGGUCUGA